AUGCCGUGUGACCGCACACGCGGCAGCCGCUUCCCCGAGCCCCAGCGGCCCUGGAAGCGGGGGGACCAGCACGACGCCAGCGCCCAGCAAGCCUUCGAGGCCGUCACCAUCAUCACCUACAAGGAGCCCGAGAACCCCGAGUACCGGCCCUUCCUGGCACGGCUGAAGGAGGAGGCACUCGCCCACUUCAACUUCUCCAUGAAGGACGGCUUGAUAAACUUCAUCGCGGCCGCCUUCCACGACGGGGUGCUGCUCUCCGCCCAGGGGGUCAGCGGGCCGCUGGAGCGGGGCGGCUCCAUCGCCAACGCCUCCGCCAUCACCCGCCAGAUGUGGAACCGCACCUUCUACGGCGUCACCGGCUUCCUGAAGAUCGACGAGAACGGGGACCGGGAGAGCGACUACUCCCUGUGGGACAUGGACCCCGUGCGGGGGGACUUCCAGCUGCAGCUGGAGAAGGAGCUGGCGGCUGAGCUGUGGCGGGUCCGCUGGGAGGACGUGCAGAUGAGCAGCUUGGAGAAACACCUCCGGACCGCCGGCAGCAAGCUCACCCUCUCCCUGAGGGGCUCCAACUACGGCUCGCUGAUGACCAUGGAGGGGCAGUUCCAGGUCUACGCCAAGACGGCGUAUUACAAGGGCAACCUCGUGGCCGUGAAGCACCUCAACCGUAAGCGCAUCGAGCUGACGCGCAAGGUCUUGUUCGAGCUGAAGCACAUGCGGGAUGUCCAAAACGAGCAUCUGACCCGCUUCAUCGGUGCCUGCACCGACUCCCCGAACAUCUGCAUCCUGACCGAGUACUGCCCGCGCGGGAGCCUCCAGGACAUCCUGGAGAACGAGAGCAUCACACUGGACUGGAUGUUCCGCUAUUCCCUCACCCAUGACAUCGUUAAGGGGAUGCAGUUCCUGCACAACGGGGUGAUCAUCUCCCACGGGAACCUGAAGUCCUCCAACUGCGUGGUGGACAGCCGCUUCGUGCUGAAGAUCACAGACUACGGGCUGGAGAGCUUCCGCGUGGCCUCCGAUGCCGAGGACUCCCACGCGCUCUUCGCCAAGAAGCUGUGGACGGCGCCCGAGCUGCUGCGGAUGGAGUCGCCGCCAGCCCGCGGCACGCAGAAGGGCGACGUUUACAGCUUCGGCAUCAUCCUGCAAGAGAUCGCCCUGCGCAACGGCGUCUUCUACGUGGAGGGGCUGGACCUGAGCCCCAAAGAGAUCAUCGAGCGGGUGAAGAGCGGGGAGCGCCCCAGCUUCCGCCCUUCAGCCAACGUGGGGUGCCACAUGGAGGAGCUGGGCCAGCUGAUGCAGCACUGCUGGGCCGAGGACGUCCUGGAGCGCCCCGACUUCAACCAGAUCAAGGUCCAGCUCCGCAAGUUCAACAGGGAGAGCAGCAGCAACAUCCUGGACAACCUGCUGCUGCGCAUGGAGCAGUACGCCAACAACCUGGAGGAGCUGGUGGAGGAGCGAACCCAAGCCUACCUGGAGGAGAAACGCAAGGCCGAGGCUCUCCUCUACCAGAUCCUGCCCCAGUGA